AUGUCAGCCUCACACCCUUACUACCCCCUCGGGGCGAACAUUGUCGGUUAUUCGCCCAACCAGACCUCCGUCCUCGAGCUACUCGUCACGGCGGGUGGAGGAUGCGCGGCCUUGCUGGGAUUGACUUUUGCCGUGGCCAGUUAUGUGCGCCCAUCGCUGCGAAUGGCCGAUCGGAUCGCCAUCUUGUGGUUUGUGCUCUGUAUGACAUCCUGCCAGAAAUGGUGCCCUCUCCCCCGGAGCCGGGCCAGAGUUGAGCUAAUGAGUGAAAACAUUGGAAAUGCAAUAGCUGGGACUUUACACUGCUUCUUCGAGGGCUACUUUAUGAUCCAUCAUGACCACAUGGCCUCGGCCCAGGAUCUUUUUGGGCAGCUCUGGAAGGAAUAUGCCCUGUCCGACUCUCGGUACAUGACCUCGGACACGCUGGUGUUGUGCAUGGAGACUAUGACGGUGUUGUUGUGGGGACCUCUCUGCUUUGUCGUCGCCUAUCUGACCGCACGGCGGCAUUCCCUGCGACACCCGAUGCAGUUGGUGGUGUGCAUGAGCCAUCUCUACGGGGAUACGCUGUAUUAUGCGACGAGCCUCUUCGAUGACUAUGUGAAUGGAGUGGCAUACUGCCGACCGGAGGGGUAUUAUUUUUGGCUGUAUUACUUUUUUAUGAACUUCAUCUGGAUUGUGGUUCCGGGUUAUUACUUUUAUGACAGCAUCUCCACCAUUUCGGCCGCGAUUCGGGCCCAGCAGGUGUCAGACGAGCGGCGCAAAAGCCAGUAG